ACAACAUAAAACAUUGUAUGCAAUAUUACAUUACUAAUGUAUUGAAGUAGUGUUUGAAUAAUCCAUGACCAUGAGACAUUGACAAUUUGCAAAUAUUUCUAACAAGAAUGGCAUCGAAAGGAGAGACAAAGUUUGACUUUAAUGAGCACCAACACAUUCGGUACAACCCAUUGAGGGACGAUUGGGUUCUCGUGAGUCCCCAUCGAAUGAGGCGCCCGUGGGCCGGACAACUGGAAAAGGAGUCCGAAUCUGAGAUUCCAGAGCACGACCCAAAUAACCCAUUGUGUCCGCGCUCUCGAAGAGCUAACGGAGUGCUUAAUCCCGAUUAUAACGAGACAUUUGUCUUUGAUAACGACUUUCUAACAUUGAUAUAUGAAAAGGAGCACCAACACAUUCGGUACAACCCAUUGAGAGACGAUUGGGUUCUCGUGAGUCCCCAUCGAAUGAGGCGCCCGUGGGCCGGACAACUAGAAAAGGAGUCCGAAUCUGAGAUUCCAGAGCACGACCCAAAUAACCCAUUGUGUCCGCGCUCUCGAAGAGCUAACGGAGUGCUUAAUCCCGAUUAUAACGAGACAUUUGUCUUUGAUAACGACUUUCUGAAAAGGAGUCCGAAUCUGAGAUUCCAGAGCACGACCCAAAUAACCCAUUGUGUCCGCGCUCUCGAAGAGCUAACGGAGUGCUUAAUCCCGAUUAUAACGAGACAUUUGUCUUUGAUAACGACUUUCCUGCUCUUCUCGAGGAAUGUCCCGAACUGUCUGAAGGAGAAAGCGAUCCGUUGUUCCGAACGAUUCCAGCGAAGGGAAAAGAUCCUAAAAGUAAUCGAUGUUUGGAUCAAAGAAAGUGUAGAACUCGGCGUUAAAUACAAUUGGGUUCAGAUAUUUGAGAAUAAGGGCGCUAUAAUGGGCUGCUCUAACCCCCACCCGCAUUGUCAAGUAUGGUCCAGUUCCUAUUUGCCAAAUGAGGCCAGAAUUAAGAAUGAAAUGCAAAGAAAAUAUAAAGAAGUUAAUGGGAGACCACUAUUAAUGGAUUAUGUGAGCAAAGAAUUAGACAAAAAGCAAAGAAUUGUCGUUCAGAACCAGAAUUGGGUUGUUUUGGUACCAUUUUGGGCCACCUGGCCCUUUGAGACCAUGAUUUUACCCAAAAGACAUGUCCAGAGACUACAAGAUUUGAAUGAAACAGAAAGACGAGAUUUAGCCGAUGCUAUGAAACGAUUACUCAUUAAAUACGACAAUUUGUUUGAAAUAUCGUUUCCAUAUUCUAUGGGAUUUCAUGGAGCGCCUACAGGAGAGUAUCAAAGCCAAGACAUGAGCCAUUGGUUACUUCACGCUUCCUAUUAUCCGCCGCUUUUAAGAUCAGCGACAGUCAAGAAGUUUAUGGUUGGCUAUGAAUUGCGGCUCAACGGCUUAGAGAUGUGUCUGAAACUCAUUACAAACGAAAAGCUUAAAUGAAGUUUAAGUGAGAUAUUUACAAAUAGUUUAAUGAAUUUUGAAUAAUUGAUUACAUAAUAAGGAGUAAAAUCAGUUGAUAUACAAUCUUAAGGGAAAUAUUAAUUGAAAUAAUAAUUGUACUCAAUUAAAAUAAAGUUGUCUUCAAAUGAAAUUAUAAUUAAAAUAACA